CUGCCCAUCCUGUGCGUCUGAUGCUGUCGCCUCUUCUGCCUUGAUCGGGUGACAUUGCUCACCAGCCUUCUGGACCGGCUUGACCACCACUGAGCUUCUUGCUGUACAACGCUGUGCAAUCCUCACCCUCAGAUGCUGCUGCUGUCGCUGUAUAAUCAUAAGCUAAUCUAAUUAACCCCUGCCCCACCGGCUUUUCCCAUUUUGUACUAUAAUACUUUAUACUAACAAUGUUUGUUAUCUGGUGUCGACCAGAGGAGGAUGAGCCUUCUGAGUCUCGGUUCCUCUCAAGGUUUCUUCCUCUUUUAAGGAGUUUUAUCUUGCCACUGUCGUGCUCAUGGGGGCUUGGACCUGGAUUUCUCUUUUUCGUUCUGUAAUAUUGAUUGUUCUAUAAAGCAGCUUUGUGACAACACCUGUUGUAAAAAAAAGUGCUAUGUAAAUAAACUUUGCUUGCUUGCUUGCAUGAUUUAGUCUGAUUUUAAACCUACAAGGUGUUCCAUCAAGGUAAAUGGGUCUGCUAGAGUGAACAUACGUGGAUACAGUACUUAAAACUCCAGCUCUACUAACAUCUCCAACUCUACUAACAUGCUACCACCACAUCAGGGUCACUACAGUACUGAGAAUGAUGCAUGAUCCAUUGUCCUAUGAGAGUCCUGACCAUUGAUGAGUGGGGUAACUAACGACUAACAGAUUAUGCAGAGAAAUCAACAGACUACAGUUUGCAAUUGUAAAACUACAACAUCCACCUGUACAGCUAAUGGAGCUGAUAAAAAGGAUGAGAGUGUAUAGACAAGGGCAAGCUGACCUUGCACUACUCAACAGAUGGCACUUUGUGAUCCGCAGAACUCUUGACAGUGCUCUCCAACAGCAUUAAGCUGGUUGAUUUGAGGAAUAUGAUCUUACAGUCAAUGCAAACAGCAGUGUGAGACAGGAAAAGGAGAAGAGAGGAGAGCAUGGCUCCUGUGGUUUAUUUAUUUUUUCUUUUCUGUGGCCUGAUGCCUUUGGCGUUAUGUGUGCCUUCUAUUGGAUCUCAGCCUGAGCAGGUGCACAUAUCUUAUCCGGGUGUAAGAGGUUCAAUGGUGAUCACCUGGACAACGUUCAACGAGACAGACAGUAUGGUGGAGUACAAUCUAUGGGGCGGAAAGCUUUUUACUCAGACCGCUAAGGGAAACUCUGCUGUGUUUGUUGAUGAAGGGCCAGAGAUGAGGAAAAUGUACAUUCACAGAGUCACCCUGUCAGACCUGAGAUCUGGGGCUACAUAUGUCUAUCACUGUGGCAGUGAGGCCGGCUGGAGUGAUCUUUUCUUCUUUACUGCUCUAAAUGAGAGCACAAGUUUUAGCCCAAAAUUUGCUUUGUUUGGCGAUAUGGGCAAUGAGAACCCCCAGUCACUUGCCCGACUGCAGAAAGAGACCCAGGCUGGGAUGUAUGACGUUAUCCUGCACAUUGGGGACUUUGCGUACGAUAUGCAUGAGGACAAUGGCAGAAUUGGGGAUGAGUUCAUGAAACAGAUUGAAUCUAUUGCUGCCUAUGUGCCUUAUAUGACCUGCCCUGGUAAUCAUGAGUGGGCCUACAACUUCUCACACUACAGGAGCCGCUUCACCAUGCCAGGACAGACAGAGAAUCUGUGGUACAGCUGGAACAUAGGGUCAGCACACGUCAUCUCCUUCUCUACUGAGGUCUACUUCUACCUUGAUUAUGGCUUGGAUCUCCUCUUCAAACAGUACAAGUGGCUAAAGAGUGACCUGGAGGAAGCAAACAAACCAGAGAACAGAGCAGUACGACCCUGGAUCAUCACCAUGGCACACAGACCCAUGUACUGUUCUGAUGAUGAUAAUGAUGACUGCACAAAGUUUGAGAGUUAUGUACGACUUGGCCGCAAUGACACAAAGCCACCAGCACCAGGCCUGGAGGACCUGUUCUAUCAGCACGGUGUAGAUCUGGAGCUUUGGGCACAUGAGCAUACAUAUGAAAGGCUUUGGCCUGUGUAUGGUUAUAAGGUGUAUAAUGGGAGUACUGAUGAGCCAUAUGUGAACCCCAAAGCACCUGUACAUAUAAUCACCGGCUCAGCUGGGUGUCGAGAAAAGCAUGAUGGCUUUAUCCCCAAGCCUCGGGACUGGAGUGCCUUCAGAUCCACUGAUUAUGGUUACACACGUAUGCACUUGAUCAACUCGACACACAUCUACCUGGAACAGGUGUCAGAUGAUCAGUCUGGCAAAGUAAUAGACAGCUUCACGUUGGUGAAGGAUGUUCAUGGGCCAGAGGCUUGGCUUUGAAGACUCCAUGGUUCUGGGAAUGUCUCCUCAACCAUCACACUUUUUCUCAGGGUAUUGCACUUUCAAAGCUCAUCUCAGGUGAGCUGCGCAUUAAGCUUUAAUUAAUCAUACGAACAAGCAAAUACUUUGUGUUUUAUGAAAAUCAAAUAGAACCUGUUGAGGUGCAGAAAAAGGGGAAAAGUCAAGAAUAACCUCAGAAAAACUAAGCAUGGCAGUCACUCAGCAACAGCUAAUCGCUACACACGCCACAAAACAUCUUCGAUUUCAGCUUUCACUGUGACACUAGUCACUCAACUUUGUGUUCUCAGAUAUUCUUUGAACGGGUAUAAUUUUAGCAUAAGUUUGCUGGAUCCAAUCCUGUGCUGUGAUGUGUGGUACGUUUGGUCUGCUAACGUAGCUCUCAUUAGCGUAGCCAAAAGUCUACAGUCCCAAAAACCACAGAAGUUUUGAUUCUGGCUUUCUGUCAUUCCAGCACCAGUCACUCAAUUUUUACUCUCAAACAUUAUUUUUGUCAUACUAAACUUGUUUUAGCAGAGCAGCAGUUUGUCAGAAUCAAGCCUGUACUGUGGUGUGUGGUACAGUCAUGGUCUGUAGUCACUAAGUUAGCAUUAUGUUAGCCUGUUUGGCUACAGAUCCAAACACCAGGUUUAAUUUUGAGCAGGUUUAAUUUUGCUUUUCUGUCCCUUCAACACCAGUUGCUCAACAGUUGCUUGACUUUACUCCCUCAGAUUUGAACUUCAUCAUCAUCUGAACUUGUGUCCAUGCUUUCGUUCAGACAUGUUGUUUGGUGGUUAAGCUACUGCUUAUCAGUUCCUCUCUCCUAGUUAGCAGCAGUAUUUAAGAUUUAUCAAUUGUUAGAUAGAUGGCUUGAAAUUUGUUGGAAUAAUUAUUGCCAAACAUAAUUCUCAGUUAUUUGGGACCUUGUGAGUGAACUAAAGUUUUUAAUUAUUUUCAGUUUUGAAAUGCUUGCUUUUACUGCCUCCCACCUCCGUCCUUAGUAAUACUGUGUACUGCCCUCCACCCUCAGUAAUGCUUUAUACCACAAUAAUGUUUGGAGGUGUACUUUUUGUUGAAAAUGGGCACUUCCUAAAACACAAGGGCCUUCAGCAGAGUCAGGAUAUUGUUUGUUUUAAGUAAAAAAAUGUAAAUGUAAAUAAGUCAUACAAAGUAUAAUAAGAUGAAAAUCCUUUUUAAACAUUAGUAACUUGAGCUUCUCUUUUUGCAUUUUUAUGUAUUUUUUUUAUUGUAAUAAUUUUAAUGUAUAACAAAUUGUAAAUGGUUACACUCAACAGGGAAACUAUGUACUGUAUGCAAUCUGUAUGAUCUCUGAAACUCUUCAGAUCUUUUGAACACGCUACUUUUAACUUUCAACUAUGGAAGUGCAAUAAAUCCUCCUUUUUCAGUGUCUAUGCAAA